UCCCGUCCGGUCUGUUUGUGCUGCUGCAGGUCUGAACCGGCCUGGGAAGUGGAUUCAGGACAUGACGGUAAACAACAAGUUUACUACCUUUGAGGGGGGAAAGCCUGAGGAUCCAAAGACUUGUGGAUGGAUAUGGGAGGAGGAGAAGAGAAGAGGAAAGAGAACUGAAGCUAGGAUGGAGACCAGCACCAAGACACUGAAAGCCAAGGCAGAGGCCAGUAACUUGGAGGUGAUGGAGGAGGAGACGAGGCUGCAUGCAGAAGUCCAGGAGGAGAAACGGCAGUAUCUCGUAAUGGAGAAGGAUCGUCAGCAGAUGCACAAGCUUCUGGAUUUGCAGAUUGCUGCAUUAAGUCCCUCGGCCGAAGCUUCUCGGCAGUUCACGGAGAACUGCGAGUCCUUCGCCACAGCUGCUGACGCCGCCCGCCAUGCGCUGCCUAUGAAGAACUUCUACAGCCAGGGCGGCAGAAGGGAAUUCCUGGUUAAAGUGGAGUCCCGUCUAAAGGAGAUGGAGAAGCUGCUGGUAGAGCGCACACAGGGAGAUCAGCAGGACAACAGCACCUCUCUGGAGGGUCUCAGAGACACGAAAACUGUCUCUAAAGACAUCAGCCAGCACCUUUCAGGGGCGCCCUCUGAGCUUUCGGGGCUGCCAUCUUCAGUUUGUCAGCACACAGUUCAGCCCAGAAAACAAAAAACAGUCUCAGAGAAUCAGAAUCAGAACCAUGUUUACUGGCCAUGUGGGUCUGGAAUGUGACUGGUUCGCUCAGUGUACUUCACGUAGAAUAACAACACUACGACACAACAACAACAACAACAACAACAACAAUCCUCAGGUAUAUAUAGCAGGCGACAGUUGGCUUCUCAGUGUGAA